AUGGCCGCGGUCGCCUUCUCUGUGCUCCGUCCUGGUUUGGUGCCGCUGAGGAGGUGGAGAGCCUUCUCGCGCCCAGCGGCCGGAGCCGCCUACAGCACCAGUAACUCCCCACGCAGCGCCGCGAGUGAUGAAGCAUCCAUUAUCUCAGGGACAAAGCUUGCUGAACAAGUCUUGAAAGAAGUUCAAACGGAUGUAGAAUCAUGGAUAUCCUUUGGAAACAAGAGACCUCAUCUAACUGUCAUAUUAGUAGGAGACAAUCCAGCUAGUCAUAUCUAUGUCAGAAAUAAGAUAAAAGCAGCUGCAGCUGUAGGCAUUUCUAGUGAGAUCAUAAUGAGGCCUAAAGAUAUUUCUCAGGAAGAACUCUUAGAUUUGACAGUCAAACUCAACAAGGAUUCAACUGUUAGUGGUUUAUUAGUUCAGCUACCUCUCCCAGAUCACAUAGACGAGCGAACAGUUUGUAAUGCUAUUGCACCUGAAAAGGAUGUGGAUGGAUUUCACAUUAUCAACAUUGGACGUCUGUGUCUUGAUCAACCUUCUAUAAUACCUGCCACUGCUGCUGCUGUGUGGGAAAUCAUAAAAAGGACAGGAAUACAAACAUUUGGUAAAAAUGUUGUUGUAGUUGGAAGAUCUAAGAAUGUUGGAAUGCCUAUUUCAAUGCUUUUGCAUACUGAUGGAGAGCAUGAAAGGCCAGGAGGUGAUGCUACAGUGACCAUUACUCACAGAUACACACCAAAGGAACAGCUCAAGAUCCACACUCAACUCGCUGACAUUGUAAUAGUAGCUGCAGGUAUCCCAAAAUUGAUUACAACUGAUAUGAUUAAAAAAGGUGCAGCUGUGAUUGACAUAGGCAUCAACCGUAUCCAUGAUCCUCUUACAGGAAAGACAAAACUAGUAGGGGACGUGGACUUUGAAGAAGUGAAGAAGAAAGCUGGCUUUAUCACUCCAGUGCCAGGAGGGGUAGGACCUAUGACUGUUGCAAUGCUUCUGAAGAACACACUCAUAGUUGCUAAAAAGCUCAUUUAUUAGAGCAAGCUGGCUACCUUGAAAGAAGAAUCCAAGUUGUUCUAUUUAUUGAUACACAAAACAUUUAUUUUUUACUACAGAGAUAUUUAUUUCUACAUUUUAUUUAUUUUUUCAUGUAAAGUAUAUUGAACCUGGUGGUUUACAAAAUGUUAAAAUACUUUGUGUUACCUCCUCCUGAUUUAUUGUGAGCAAAAAUGAAUCAGAGAGUGCAACCUUUCCAGAUAUGUUAUUGUUGAUCAACUGUGUGUGUGAAAAUGAAGAACAAAGCAUGAUUUACAAAUAUACAUGUACAUCUGGGACUGUGGUGCAAUUUACAAAAUUAGUUAAGCAUGGGGGACCCUCUGUUGAUCAAGCUGUGUGAAAACUAGGUUUCUUUUGAAGAUAUGAUUUGGGUUCCUCAGUCAUGAAGCAAUCUCGAGUAAAAUGUGAAAUUUUUAAUUCCUUGGAAAACACAGCAGAAAUCUUGAAUCUGUAAGGAGUGAAAAAUUGGAGCCUACGUUUCAAAUUCAGGCAGUAAUGUUGACAUGAAGACAGAUGUUCAUUACACAUCUUAAAACUGUCAUGUAUGCUUAAACACCACGGACUAAAUUCUGACCUUAAGUGUAUACAAGAAGUACACAUGAAUAAGUGGCUAGAACUGAGGCCUGAACUGUUCUUUCAAUAUUUUAAUUUAUGACUGACAAAAUGUGUUAGUGUAUGUUGCCCUUAUCCCACAAAAAAAAGCUGUGAAUAGAUAACUGAGCAGGAUCAGGACCUUUAUUAAUUAGAAUGUAAUUUCCACUACUGUGGAAAUAUAUUAUGUAUAACAUAAAAAAGAAAAAAGCAAGAGUUGGUCCAGGAUGAAAUGUUUCUAUUGGAUUUUAAGUCAAAUACUCUCCUAUGUUAUGAGAUCACAUUAAGGAUUCUUAGUUCCUGUUGCAAGACUGGGUCCUAUAAGUUCUUGACCUCAUUAUUCUACUGCUUACAGAGGACUAUGUGAGAAUAAGAAGAUGCCUGCUCUAAAAAGAAAAUAAAAGCUGGGAAGGAUGAUCAUCAAUAAUUUUUUUUUCACCUAAACAUUUAGUUCCAAAGAUCAAUCUAGAAUAGUUUAAUGCAAUAUAAAAGUUGGAGUGGAGUUACUGGUGAAAAGUCAAUUUGAUGUAGUGUACGCCUAUUAACAUGAAGAACCUACUGCAGUUCCCACCGAAGUUGUUGGAAAUCAGAUUGGUCCAUCACCUUCAAAUUUUUAUCUCAGUUGGGAUAACCUUGAUUUAUUUUAAUCAAAAGCCUUUCAUGUUUGCCAGUAAAUUAUAGAUUGCCUGAAAGGAAGAAAAAUGAAGUGUGGCUAAAUACUUCUUCCAUUCAACAAAAAAAAAAUGUACUUGCUACAAUAAAAAAUAUAGAGCUUUGCUUCUGUACUGAUUGUUCUUCUGAUGGUCUUUUUUAGAGUUUUGUUUAAUGCAGAUUUUGCAAAGGAGAUUGACAGAAUCAUUUCUAAAUAUAUGAGCCCAGUCUUGCAGAUGUUUGCUUAUCUGUUUAAAUUUGUGCAGUGGUAUAAAUUUUAGCAGUAUGAGGGCAUAUGAAGAUAAUACACUAGCUGGUCAAUCUGUUGUUGAUAAAGGAGGAAUAAACUUGAUCACUGUUAUGCUAAUAUUUUUGCUAGAAAUGUGUUAAAACAGGAUUUGUGGGGUUUUUUAUUACUCUGUUAGGAGUGGAGUGUUGGAGGAUUUUCACUAGUUGGUCAUUACCUUUUUUCAGCUGUUUACAUUGCUGUCCUAGAUUCAUGUUUUUCACUAGUUGGUCAUUACCUUUUUUCAGCUGUUUACAUUGCUGUCCUAGAUUCGUGUUCAAUUUGUUUAUUUUAAAUAAAAUA